AUGGAAGAAAAGCGUGAGUCGGUUUUUGCAUUGGCCCUCAAUUGUUCCAAACGGCGCUUACCUCCUGCUCAAUUCGUCAACUUCUACAAUGAGCUCGUUAACGAACAGUACGGUGCAAUUAUAAACAAUGCCGAAGACACAGAACCUGGUAUUCAUGUGGAUGUUUAUGGCGAGCUUUCGCAGUGCUUGCUGAAAAUUCUGGAAGCACAAUCCAACCCACUGCUAGCAGACUACGUCACCGAGGUUCUGUUCGUAAACUAUAACACCGAGUUGGCACACAGAGUUUUCCCCCAAUUGUACACAAUUCAAGAUAUUUCGCAUUUAGCUGUCUUAUUGUCAAAGGCCAGCGCUUUUUUUCUGCAUCUGAAUGACAAGUUACUCAUCGAUCAAAUAUGUGGUGACCUGGGAAGCCUUAUUAUGCCUAGCCUUUUCGCCACUGACUUCAGCAAUCAGAGUGAAUUGCUUGUUGUAGCCAUGGCAAAAUUUAUGCGCAACAUUGCACAUCUCUCCAGCCAAACAAUUUCUAUCAUAGACCCUAAAGUCAAGGAAAACCUGAACGUUUUCUUAGCACGGCUAUCCAAGACUAAUAGACUACUUUACCGGAAAAUUGUAAUCGAUUUUGAAUCAACCAUCAAAAUAGAUGGAUCGUCCCCAAUUUCUGCCCACGACCAGUCACCAAACAACUUCGCCUCACCUUCCGCCGUUUCGCCAAAAUACACAGGUCUUCCGUCAGCUAGUCUGAAAGCCUCACAUCCUGUGGUGACAUCUAAAUUCCAAGCCUCCAAACUCGUUAGGUAUUGUAAAAACCUAUGGCUGAAUAACAGAAUAUUAAAUUGGUUCACAAAUGCCAGAGAUUUCGUUUCUGACUACGGAGUCAUCGAGGCUGCUGUGCUGAAGGAUAGCAGAACUGCACCGGCUAAUGUGGAAACUGUUAUGGUCGAUUUGAUCGAGACUUCUUUCACAUCUUUUGCCCAAUUUGUUAGUAAUAAACAUUACCAUCAACCUAACUCGGAUUUCAAUCUACUGGAACGAAAAUGGACCAUCUUCAUUGCCAAACAGCUGCCGCUUUAUGUUCUAGAGCACAUCCCAAAAAAUCCAGAUCUCGUUAUAACAGCAAUGGAGAAGAUUGAUCAUAAGGUUAUAAAAGUUUUAAAAUCGUGUGCGUCAGAUAAAGACGACUCGAAGAAUGGUGGUAACGAUCUAUUUGAGGACUUGCCUAAUAAAAACAUGGACAUCAGACAUGAAUUUUUAAAAAACUUGAUAAUCUUAGGCUGCCAGCCAGCCUCAGUUCUCAAUGACUACCUGCGAGAAGACCAGAUUGUCGACACAAAGUCACUACCUUCCAAUGACAUUGUUGUAAUAAGAAAUACCCAAGGAGUGAAGGAAAGCAUAAAUGAUUUCCCUCGGUUUAUAAAAGAGAAAGUUCAAGACUUAGAUUUGGAAUCUAUGUUUGACAUGACGGAGAAUCCCACGAGUAACAUUGACAGCGACAUAAUACAGGUUUUGCGCAAGUUUGACUCAUUAGCGGCAACUAGGCAAAGAGAGCUCUCUGAGGUAUUUCAUGAAAUUUUCUGCGAAUCUGCAAGAAACUUUGAUUGCAAGACCUUCUCCAAAAUAUGCUGUUUAAUGUCUUUCAACUUGUCGCAUUCGCUAACAGCAAUAUUCGCAUUUAUAACGCCGGCCACUUUUCUGGCGGUAGCCACAGAGUUUGUUGAUGAGACGUGGGAGAGACACAUGAAGCAAUUGAGUCAGAGGAUGAGUGAUGAUUUUGAACCUAAUACAGAGUUUGUCUGCUUCACAUACGCAAUUAUCCUAAUCAUCAAUAUCACUAAGACUUUCGAUGUUUCAUUGGUCGAGUCGAUGCCUGCGAACUCGAAGCUGUCAUCAGAGUCUUUUACCGUAAAGUUUUUGUCAGAUCUAGGUAACAUUCCUCCUGCUUUGAAGCUCGAAUCAUCAAACCAAUCGACAGAAGUACUAGAGAGUUGGGUGCGUGAUCUUUUCAUCAACGGAAGUCUAUCAGAUUCUCUCAUGAAAAAUGCUGACGCCAAGGACGUAUCAAGAGUGAUACCUUUUCUAUUCAAACAAAGCGUGCUGAGCGUAGAAGCAGGAAUCGUGCGUGAUGUUUCCACCUUAACAGGGGGCUUCGAAUAUUUUCUACAGCCUUUCUUAAUCGUGGGACUUAUCGGAGUUGUCUUCUGGACCGAACAAUACUUGACCGCCUUGAAAACCAAAGACGUGUCCAAAGAGUUGCUGGACCUGAUUUUUGAAAUGCUGAGUUCUGUUCUCAACCCAUCGACUUUUAAUGACGAGUCGAAGCCUCUGCAUACGCUCAUCUUGAGACUGAACGCAGUCCAUCUUCUGAAAGCAGCUAGAGCUUUCCGGACUCAAUCUAGCUCCAACUAUGGCAUUUACUCUUCAGACUCUGGUGGAGAUCCCAAAUUGGAGUCUAUAAUAUCCCAUUUGGAACUUGUAUGCUCUACCGGCAAUUUUUACAAUGUUGAUCCCACUUGUUUGGCUUCUGAAAGUCAAAACUAUCCAAGAAAAGAGCUAACAUGGAGUCCUUUUUCGAUAACCGCGGAGAGCUCCAUGAACGGAAUAUUGAUGAACCAAAUCAACUCGUUUUGGAAUAUGCACAGCAGCACUUACUACAAUCUUGAUUAUCUGUUCACUUUUAUCGACAUUAUGACGCCACUCAGGUUUUUCGAGGCUUCUCUUUUCGCUCUUCGAUCCAAGGCAUUUGAAUCUGCAAGCUCCGAUCGUCAAUUGAAGGACGCUAAUGGUGAAGCAUCGGCUAGCUUGGAUUAUUUCUUUCAUUUUUUGGUGACAUAUGAUUUGAAGAAGGCUUCGUUGAAAACCGAUCUACUGAAUUACAUGACCACAUCGCAAGAAGUGGAAUGCAAUGUCAAAAAGUCAAUACCCGAAUCGAAUAUCAAUGCUAAGAUUGAACAACACUCUGACGAAGAUUUCGAAAUGCUUUUCGGUGAAGAUACAAGCGUUCCAGGUAAUGAGACUGAUAUCACCAUCUAUGACUCGAGAACGGACGAAGAAAAAUCUGAUUCCAAAACAAAUUGUCUGCUGAAGCCUUCAUUUGCGGCUGUGCUUCAUAGCUUAUUAUCCGACAAAAGAUCUUUGUUUGAAAUGAAGCAUGCGAGUAAAGAAGAGUUUGAGGAAACGAAGCACCUUCACGAGAAGUAUGUCGAGAUUUUGCGAUCUGAAGCUGUAUAA